UACGGGCGGUGCGGGGACGCCGCUGCGAGGCCGCUGUUGAAAGACGCAGCCCUGGCCGCGUGGCUCUCACGCAGAGCGCCCAGAGGCCAGAGGUUGAGGCCCGGAGGGGGAAGCAACGGCGUCGGCGGCUGGGGCCGGCGAGCCCCGGGCCUGCGGCUCGGUCUCCCGCCUGUAGGACAGGAAGGCCGAUUUUGGUGAGAAAAUGUCUGGCAACAACGACUGGUUUCAGAGUUCCCGGGUCCCUAGCUUCGCUCAGAUGCUGAAGAAGAACUUGCCAGUUCAGCCCUCAGCCCAGACGGUAACUACGCCCACAGGAUAUUCUUCAGAAAGUCACAGCCUGUCGAAUAUGGCUUCCAAGGUUACGCAAGUGACGGGUAAUUAUCCAGAGCCAUUGCUUUCCAAAGGUCUUUCAUCUAUUUCAAAUCCUGUCCUUCCUCCAAAAAAAAUACCUAAAGAGUUCAUAAUGAAAUACAAACGUGGAGAGAUAAAUCCUGUGUCAGCUUUGCACCAGUUUGCACAAAUGCAGCGGGUUCACCUUGACCUUAAGGAAACAGUAACAACAGGUAAUGUUAUGGGACCUUAUUUUGCUUUUUGUGCUGUGGUGGAUGGUAUUCAAUAUAAGACUGGACUGGGACAAAAUAAAAAGGAGUCUAGAUCGAAUGCAGCAAAAUUAGCUCUUGAUGAGCUUCUACAAUUGGAUGAACCUGAACCAAGAAUUUUAGAAACAUCAGGUCCUCCUCCUAUCCCUGCAGAACCUGUUGUUUCACCUGAACCAGCAUAUGUCUCAAAAGUACAUUAUGAAGGGAGACAUAUUCAGUAUGCAAAGAUAUCACAAAUUGUUAAAGAAACAUUUAAUAAACUAAUUUCUAAUCAUUCCGAAUAUCUGAAAUGUAGCAAUUCAUUGGCUGCUUUUAUAAUUGAAAGAGCUGGACAGCAUGAAGUUGUAGCUAUAGGCACAGGUGAAUACAAUUACAGCCAGUGCAUUAAGCCAAAUGGAAGAGUGUUGCACGACACUCAUGCUGUCGUUACAGCCAGAAGGUCUCUCCUUAGGUACUUUUAUAGACAACUUCUACUCUUCUACAGCAAAAAUCCUGCUAUGAUGGAAAAAUCAAUAUUUUGUACAGAACCAGCUUCUAAUCUACUGACUCUGAAACAGAAUAUCAACAUUUAUCUCUAUAUGAACCAGUUGCCUAAAGGGUCAGCUCAGAUUAAGUCACAAUUGCGUCUUAAUCCACAUUCUAUAUCUGCAUUUGAAGCCAAUGAAGAACUGAGUCUCCAUGUGGCUGUUGAAGGCAAAAUUUAUCUCACUGUCUACUGUCCUGCAGAUGUUAAUAGAGUAAGCAGUAUGUCCUCAAGUGACAAAUUGACAAGAUGGGAAGUGCUUGGUGUACAGGGAGCAUUGCUGAGUCACUUUAUACAGCCAGUUUACAUCAGCAGUAUACUUGUUGGUGAUGGGAAUUGCAGUGAUACUAGAGGUUUAGAAAUUGCUGUAAAGCAACGUGUUGAUGAUGCACUUACUUCAAAACUUCCAAUGUUUUACUUGGUCAACAGACCUCAUGUUAGUUUAGUACCUUCUGCAUAUCCACUGCAAACAAACUUGGAAUAUAAAUCCUUGAGUCUGAAUUGGGCACAGGGGGACAUUUCUUUGGAGAUUGUGGAUGGCCUGAGUGGAAAGAUCACUGAAAGUUCCCCAUUUAAAAGUGGUGUGUCAAUGGCAAGUCGGCUUUGUAAAGCUGCAAUGUUAAGUCGAUUUAACCUGCUUGCCAAAGAAGCUAAAAAAGAAGAUUUACUUGAGGCUAGUACAUACCAUGCAGCAAAGUGUAUGUCUGGAUCCUAUCAAGAAGCUAAAACUUUGUUGAAAUCCUACUUGCAGCAGCAUGGCUAUGGCUCCUGGAUUGUGAAAUCUCCCUGUAUAGAACAAUUUAUUUCAGUUGCAGAUGAAUUAAACAUUACUGGUUCUCAGACUUUGUUCCUCUUAGCUUGGAUCUUUAUGAUCUCCAAUGAGUCCCAGAGGAUCCAGGAACACAAGCUCCGGCUACUACCCACCAGCCACCAGAGCCAGACCUUACAUCAUGCUCUUGGCUUUGUUCUAUGUCGUAUGCGCUGUCUACAGCAGAAGAAGGACUCCUUCAAAACUGCCUCAUUUAGGAGCUGGAUGCAGAAUAGGACAAGACUGGAGGAUCUACUUCCCACACCUCCACCAUUCUCAGAUUCAUCCUACUCUGAACAGAGAAGAGACUGAAGCCCUUCUGAUGACUCCUUGGAAUCCCAGACCUACUAGGAACCAAGGCAGCAAGUAGGAGGUAAUUGUCUUCUGUUGCCUCCGGUUCCUAUUCUCUUCUGUUAGAACAGAGCAUUGCUGUCCUCCAUAUGAACUUCCCUUCUGAGCCUGCUUCUUAAAUCCUAUAAUAGAAUUCACCCCUCCUACACUAAUGGUUCUGUUCUAAGGCAAAAAGAAAUAAAAAAAAUUACUUUAGA